AUGAACAAAAAUUGCUUGACGAUUGAGCCUGACAAAACGCUUGCGACAGGUCUUGUUUUAGCAUAUUACUACAACGGACUAAUGCUCUUGACUGUCCGUGCAAUAUAUGAUACUGAAGGCCGGAAGUCUUUGCAAGCACAGUCAGGUAGCAGCCCUCCCUGCAGUGGCCCGCAGAACGCUUGUCAAAAGGUAAACGACUCGCUUGUUUCUUGUGAUGGAUAUUUUGUACCGCCGCCAAGCGGUGCGGUAAGCGGAAGUUAUGGUGUGAAGCCUUCCUUGGCAGCUUGCCAGUGCAAUAUAGACUAUUACAACAUGCUCACUGCAUGUGUAAAGUGCUAUGAUAAUGGAUCCAAUAGUAUCAUCGUCGAUCCCUUGCCAGCCUUCAAGGCCGAUUGCCAAACGGCCGGGCAAGUCUUUAAUCAAGUCUCUACAACAACCCACCCAUCGCCAACCAACACUCCCGGGAGCGGUGGCAGUACCGUAGUCUCCCACAAGGUCGUCAUCGGUGUUGCCGUGGCCCUAACCGUAGCAUUUGUUGCUGCGAUAGUGUUGUUUUGGAGACUGUAUAAAAGAAAAAAGCGAAGACGGAAGACGGAAAUGGUUGCACUCGAGAUCGCGAAAGACGGUAACGGAGAUAUCGGUAGAGCGAACGGUACAAAUAUGAUUCAGACCAAUAAUAUCUCUGGCGCUGCCGUUGCCACCACUCUACCCCUUCGAGUUGCUAAUCCUAAUAGCACUCCAUCAUCGCCAUAUACCAUUCAACAGCAAAUUCCCGCUCAACCACAGCCUCCGUUCAGACUCGCUCCCUCAGUUUACGAUCCAUCUUGGGCGAACGAACCCCGCUAUUCAACAACCGAUUCUCUAAAUGGAAUUUCCCCAACCGGAACGCCGGCAUAUUCGCCGCACGAUUCUCUACGUUCUUGGAAUGCACCGCCAGUCUAUUCAACGUCUGAUUCUCAAAUGCCUACACCCGGAAAUGUAAUUCCCGCAACCGAAACACCAGCAUAUUCGCCGCAUGAUUCUCUACGUUCUUGGAAUGGAACGCCAAGCUAUUCAACGUCCGAUUCUCAAAUGCCUAUACAUGGAAUGCCGGUUUAUACACCAUCCGGUUCAAGUACCAUGCACGGAAUGCCAGUGAGCGAAUAUCGACAACAGUAG